AAAUUUUGAUUGUUAAAAUGUGUUUCCUGCACUUUCUAGCUUUUUCUCUUUAUUUUUCUUUGUUGACAUGCUUGAAGAUCUCUACAAAGUAUUGGGAUUAAAGAGCUCAGCUUCUGUAGAAGAAGUAAAAAAGGCUUAUCGUCUUUUGGCUAAAGAAUACCAUCCUGAUAAAAACAAAGAUGGUGCUGAAAAGUUUAAAGAAAUCAGUAAUGCCUAUAGUAUCUUGGUAGAUCCAGAAAGACGAAAAGAAUACCUUUCAAAAAAGAGUACAGAAAUGCCAUCCCAUCAUUCAAGUUAUCCUUUUCCUAUGGAUCCAUUCGGUGCCUUUGGAUUCAACUUUAGCUAUACAAGAGAGACACCAAGACCACGUCCUGAGCCACCAAAAUCAUCCUACAACAUUCGCUCUUCAUGCAGACUCACAUUGGAAGAUAUAUUUCAAGGAUCUAAACUUUCAUUCAGCUAUAGAGAAACCAUUGAUUGUCAAACAUGCCAUGGUGAUCAUCAACACUUGAAACGAUUCAAGACAUGCGAACAUUGUGGAGGUAAAGGCACAACAACCAAAGCAGCCAACCAUAGUCGAAAGAUACCAUCUCAUAUCCGUUGUUCAUUCUGCCUUGGUCGUGGUAGUCAGAAAUACUAUAUCAACUGUAAAGGAUGCAACAAUACAAAAUACGUGGAUCGUAAAGUAAGCAUGAAAGUCCCUAAAGGUGUUCAUUCUGGACAUGCCCUUCAACUUAAAAACAAGGGUAAUUUGAUGCCAGAUGGAAAGACAAGAGGCAGUGUGAUUUUCCGUGUAGAAGAACAACGUCAUCCUGUCUUUGUUCGUCGAGGAGAUCAUCUGUAUAUCACUGUCAAGAUUAGCUUAAAAGAAGCUUUGUUGGGAUUCAAAAACAAGGUGAUAUGUACACAUCUGGAUGGUCGUACCAUGACAGCUACUCAGAUCAUGGGAGAGACCAUUAAGCCUGGCUCACAGAAGGUGAUUAAAGGGGAAGGUAUGCCUAUCUUUGGUAGUCAAAAUGAAGCCCGCGGUGAUCUCUACAUCAAUUUCCAUGUUGAGUUUCCUGAUACAAUUCAAAUACCCAAAACAAGAGAAGCUAAAGUGGCCAUUGAUGACUUAUUUGAGACUGAACAAGAAAGAGAAGCCAAAGAGAAUGCCAUUGUGAUUGAUGAUGAAGACGAAAGACCAGGCAGUAGUGAAAAUAAUGUCAUUUCUAUAGAAGAUAAUGAUAAACAACAGCCAGAAACAACAAAUAUAUUAGAAAAUGUUCCUGAAAAGGUAAUGAACACUGUUAUAGAUCAGCUUCUUUAUUCAUCAUCAUGAUGACAUAGGCCAAUCCAUUAGAACAAGAAAGUGAAGAUGAAUUAUACGAUGAUGCUAUGCAAGGUGAAGAAGAGGAAGAAGAGGAAGAGGAAGAGGAAAUAUUUGGAGGCUUUGAUAGACUUCCUAGCUUUUUCAACAUGUUCUUUUAA